UGUUUUCUGGAUUUAUAAAUUUUCGAGAUGAUAGCUACCCGAAAUGAACACUUGGACACUUAUUCAGCUCAUAUUUGUUUUGCUUCUGCCAGGUCUUGUAAAAAGUGAUGACGUCACAUGUUUCACUUACAACUACGAUGAAUAUCUCCAGUGCUAUUGGAACUCUACAAAAGACGAGAGCACAUCCAACGUUACCGUGACAUGGAGUUUGAUAUUUGGUCACUUGGUGUCCAGUUCGUUUGAUUGUCCGAUCCUGACACAGAGUUUCUGUAGAUGGGAUAUGACGCUUGGUGAUUUGGACCCGCAUUGCGUCAUUGAUGUUUGUGUUAGCUUGUUCAACACGUGCCAAGAAGUUCGUUGUCAGGAAACAGUCAAACUUCCCCCAGUGGAGGACAUUGCUGUCACCAAUACUACUCCCUCCUGUGUUAGUCUUCAGUGGUUCCAUGGUCAGGAAUACCUCCGGAUUCUGUACCCAAAGCUAUACCACGUUGUAUUUAUACCUCUCUCUGGUGGCAAUCAACAGGAAUUUGAAAGAUCUUGGACAAUCAGCGAGACAAAGCUAGAUGCUUGUGGUUUGAUACCUUAUACAAAAUACCUCAUUAAGAUAGCAGCUUUACCGCUGGAAGGAGGAAUCUGGAGUGAUAAUCGGUCUGUCACAGUGACAACAACAAAAGCAGCACCUGGUCUUCCACCAAUUGUUAAGUCUAAUUCUUUCACUGUAUUUCCACGUGGACGUGACGAAUAUAGGGAUAUAAUGAUUUUUUGGCAGGAUAUACGAAAACAAAGGAUUUAUGGAUCUCAUUUACAAUACCUUGUUUCAAUUUGCCCUCUUGUGAAGUCUCGGAAACUCAAGAACUGCACCAUGGAGACAGAACUCAGUUCUGUCCGAUUUAAAGUUCCUGCACAACAGGAAGUUACUGCGAGAAUUUGGUCACAAAAUGAAAUCGGAAUAUCACGAGAUUUUGCUGUCAUUAAGAUUCCUACUGAAGAUCAAUUAUUGCCACCUCCUGCAGUUGUGGUCAGCACUAAUGAAACAUCCACAGUACUGUACUGGAAAGCUGCUCAUCCCCAUGAACAUAAUAGAUUUACCGUCUACUGGUGCCAUGAUGACUAUAAGUAUCUACACUUGCUCCAAGGCCUUCAAAAUACAACAAUAACAAGAAACCAUGACCGUGUUAGUUUUCUUAAAUAUGGUGUAUCGGUAGUCCAUAAUAAAAAGACAAGCGGAAUCAAAUGGGCAACUUGUGUCAUCCGAAACAACAAAUUUCCAAGACCUCCAGAAGUAACCUUGACACUACUGAAACAGACCCAUAUUAACAUAAUCUGGAGGAUGCCCCGCUGUAACAUGCACUUACUAUCGAAAUUUGGUGCAAAGUUUGUCUUGACCAUUUGCAACACUCCCAACUGCACAACUAAGAAAAUGGUCAAGAUGGCAGCGGAUGUGACAUCAUAUAUUUACACUAUAAUUCAGGAAGACACAUUUUGUGCUAAAAUUGAAGUGGAUAUUGGAGGGAAAUCACAAACAAACGACAUCCAAUGUUUAGAACUGAAAAAUACAUUUCAUUUACACAUCGCAGCAAUAUCCGUUGUUGUUGUCUUGUGUCUUUUACCUUUAGCUGCCUUACUCGGAAAAACCAUCAUCAAGUAA